UCCUCUCAGUUCAAGUGCUUCAAUUACAAGUCCAUUUUUAAUCAGAAUGGUAGGUCAUAAUUUAUUACUUCGAAAGCGAUAUGUUAUGUCCCAUCACAAUCGGAUGUUUUAAUUGAAGUGUGUGCUGUUGUAGUUAAGGACCAGGUGGGAAGAGCAAUGAUGAUCAUCAGCAUCGGGCUUGCCAGCGUUGGUGUGCUGGUGGCCAUCGCUGGCCUCAAGUGCACAAGAUAUCUGGAUGGAGACAAUCGGUUGAAAAACAGAAUCGCUCUUACGGGGGGGAGUUUUUUCAUCCUCAGCGGUCUGUGUGCUUUGGUAGUAACCAGUUGGUUUAUGUAUGAUAUUAUGGCAGAUUUCUAUAAGAUGAAAUCAGAUGAGGGGUUUGUUAUAGGCAGAUCACUGAUUGCAGGAUUUGUUGCCGCUUUGCUUUGUUUAUUUGGAGGCAUGCUCUUAAGCAUCUGCAGCGCAACAUGCAUGCAAUCCAACGGUAAUGUUAUUAAACAUCCAACAUCCAAGAGUCCUGGAAAAGACUAUGUUUGAGCACCAACAAAACAAAGAAUUACCAUUGAAAGUUGGGCUAUUAAGGUCAUUUUAUGCCAUUCACUAG